AUGCGCAUGUGUAUACUUGGCGGUGGUGGUUAUUUGGGACAAUUGUUAGCCCAAGCAUUACAAAACGAAGGCGGUCAUUUUGUUGUUCUUUUUGAUUUAAACUUUUUUGCGUCUUUUCCUCAUAUAAAACUUAAUGAAGAAUUGACACAAAGAAUUGAGGGUUCGAUUGAACGUUCUGAUCAAUUAAUUGAAGCAUUAGCUGGAUGUGAUGCUUGUUUUCAUUUGGCUGGUUAUGGAAUGAGUGGAGGGCCUUCGUUAAACAAAGAAAAAUGUUUUGCUAUAAAUUAUUGGGGGACCAAAAAUGUUAUUGAAAUAUGCAAAAAUUUGGGUGUUUCUAGAUUAGUGUUUACUAGCUCUGUUGUAGUUAUUUUUGAUGGCCAUACAGAGCUUUAUAUGGCAGAUGAGGAUACUCCAUAUUUACAAUCUUCACAAUAUGGAAAUUAUUAUGCAGAAUCUAAAUCUGCAGCCGAACAGCUUAUUUUAGCAGAAAAUUGCCCGCCAAAGUUUUCAACUUGCGCACUUCGAUUGCGAGGAAUUUAUGGGCCUGGAGAAUUGCGAUGUGUCCAACGUUUUGUGGAUUUUCUUUGUAAAAAUGUCUUAGUUACUUUUUGGAAGUCAGAAGUACCUUUAACUCAGUUCAGCAGUGCGGAAAAUACUGUUAAUGCUCUUUUACUUUCUGAACAAUCGUUGCGAUACCAGAACAGUCCUGCUGCAGGCAAUAAAUAUCAUAUUGUAGAUGCUGGUCCUCCUGUUCAUUCUUGGGGUUUCUGGAAUCCUUUGGCCACAGCUUUAAAUUGUUCUUCAAAUUGUAUUCGUGCUCCAUAUUCCAUUAUAUAUGCUUUUGCAUUUCUUUCUGAGCUAAUGUAUCGCUGGUUUGGAAUAGAACCACAUUUAACACGUUUUGAAUGUGCUAUAGUUGGGGUUACUAACACAUUUUCGUGUCAACGAGCAAUGCGAGAUUUUGGUUAUAAUCCAAUUCGUUCCCACGAUCUACAUUCUACUAUAGAUUUUUGUUUAAAGCAGAAAGAAGUUCAAUCAAGAUUAAAAUCAAGACAACAAAUUAACGAUAAUGAUGACAAGAGAUACCCAAUAGAUUUAACUGUCUCAUUUAAUUCAAUAUUUUCACCAAUUAAUUGGAUUUGGGUUGCUUGGAUUGUUGACUCUAUUUGUUCAACUAAAGGUGAAAAAAUAAAUUAUUGGAAAGUUUUUUUUGGAUAAAAUACAUAGUAAUCUAUUUAAUAGAACCAUCCAUUUUUUAUUUUUAGUCCUAUCGUUUAAGAGUUUAUUAUUAUUUUCAUAUCUCACUUUAUUCUUCCAGAAAAUUUUCCCUAAAUAAUAGAAAUAUUUAUUUGUUUGUAAUCUAUUUUAACCUCAACUUUAUUCACAAAUUUAAACUACAAUUUUUUAAAGGUCUGAUCAUC